UUAUUGAAUUAAAAACUCCGAAAUGUCGUUUACUAUAAUGCAAAAACUGUCGCUGCAGUGUCUCAAAGCAGACCAGCCUCUGAUAACCACCAUACGUAAUGCCAGUAAGAAGACCGGCGGCAGUACCCGGAAUAAGAAAGGACAUCCCAGACCAAAGCACCGUGGAUGGCGAGUGAUGGACGGACACAUUGUCUCUGAAGGCACAAUAUUGGCCACACAGCUGACAACUCGAUUCCAUCCGGGCUUGAAUGUGGGCUUUGGACGCAAUGGAACUCUGUUUGCCAUGGAGCACGGGAAAGUUUACGUGACCUGCGAGACAAUCGAGCCAAAUUGGGACCACACCUGGGUUCAGAGAAACUACGCCGGACGACAGAACCAAACCAUCUAUAAGAAGUUUUUCAACGUUAUUCCAGAAAAGCAGCAUCAGCGCUUUCGCUUAGUGGAUGAAGUUUAAAAUGUUAUUAAAUUGUUGGCCAGAAAAA